AUGUCUUCUACAACUUUCCAUCAUUGUCUUCGGACCACAACUCAACCAAACACACGCAAAAUAGAUUUUCAUCGACGAUCGAAAUAUUUCACGUAUAUCAAUCAACGUUUUUCCAAGAAAAUAUUACCACUAGCAACUACUGUAUUCAAGAAUUGUAUAACCAACUAUCUUCCAAGUUUACAAGUACUUCUAAUUUCCACAGAUGCAGCACUCGUUUUUAUGCCGUCUAUUCAAAAUGACACUCUUUCGUUUAGCAAUCCAUUUUCAACUGAGAUACAAUGGUUUUUCGAGAUUGGCUUAUAUUACAAACGAUUUCAUAGUCAAGCAGUUGCCUAUACAACAAGUCCAUACAAUCAAAUAAUAGAUGAAAUGGUCAUGAAUCAAUGUAUGAAAUCUUUUCCAAAUGCUACAAAACUGACUCUCAAAGAUGAACUUUCGAAGGUGUCUUGUGACUCAAUUUCAGUGACUGUUAAUCGUAUUUUACCUUCAGAACAAUUACAAACUUCAAUGUUGUGUUGA